UUCGAAACUAUAAAUAAAAGGACUUGUGGCGCCUGUAUGAAACUGACCGAUAAUAGAGUUCAGAUCUCUCUCUCUCUCUCUCUCUUCGUCUCUAGCCGGCGAAUUCCGAUUAGACGUUCACUACAGGUCAGUCAUGGGAGUUGGAAUUGAAGAGGAAUCGACAGGGAUCCGUCACAGAGGAUGUUCUUGCACAAAAGAUGAUUUUCUCCCCGAGGAAUCUUUCAAGAGUUGGAGCAAUUAUGGCAGGGCGCUGAAGAAGACGCCAAGCCGACUCAUGAACAGAGUUCUGACUAGGUCACUCGACUCGGCCGAGUUAGAGGUGAAGACACGGAGUAACAACGAGAUGAAGCGGACGCUGACGUGGUGGGAUCUCAUGUGGUUCGGCAUGGGAGCAGUUAUUGGGGCCGGUAUAUUCGUCCUCACCGGCCUUGAAGCUAAUCAAGUUGCCGGACCGGCGGUUGUACUCUCCUAUGUCGUCUCCGGCAUUUCAGCUCUUCUUUCCGUUUUCUGCUACACCGAGUUCGCCGUCGAGAUUCCGGUAGCAGGCGGUUCAUUUGCCUACUUGAGGGUGGAGCUUGGGGAAUUCGUGGCUUUCAUUGCCGCCGGCAACAUCCUCCUUGAGUAUGUAAUCGGUGGUGCUGCAGUGGCUCGCUCUUGGACAUCAUACUUUGCCACCCUCUGCAACCACAGUCCUGAUCAGUUCCGCAUCCACGCUCACCACCUCCAGGAAGGCUACAACUACCUUGACCCCAUUGCUAUUGGUGUCAUCAUAAUCAUAACCUUCAUUGCAGUCAAGAGCACCAAGGCCUCUUCCCGCAUCAACUACAUCGCAUCCAUCUUCCACAUGAUCGUCAUUCUCUUCAUCAUCGUCGCCGGCCUUGCCAAUGCCAAUACCAAAAACUACGCAGACUUUGCCCCUAAAGGGACACGAGGAAUCUUCAAGGCAUCUGCCGUACUCUUCUUCGCUUACGUCGGGUUCGACGCGGUCUCCACCAUGGCGGAGGAGACGAAGAACCCGGGUCGGGAUAUCCCCAUCGGCCUCGUGGGAUCCAUGAUCAUAACUACAACCAUCUACUGCUUGAUGGCGGUCACUCUCUGCUUAAUGCAGCCGUAUCAGGAUAUCAAUCCGGACGCCCCGUUCUCGGUGGCAUUCUCCGCAAUUGGAUGGGACUGGGCUAAGUACUUGGUGGCUCUCGGCGCACUGAAAGGGAUGACAUCUGUCCUGCUUGUCGGGGCAGUCGGUCAGGCACGUUACCUAACCCACAUCGCCAGAACCCACAUGAUGCCUCCUUGGUUCGCUCAAGUUGACGCUAAAACCGGCACCCCUGCCAACGCCACAAUCACAAUGAUGGCUGCUACUGCAGUUAUCGCUUUCUUCACAAAGCUCGAUAUCCUUUCCAACCUACUAUCGAUUUCCACGCUAUUCAUCUUCAUGCUCGUGGCCCUGGCUCUCCUAGUCCGGCGCUACUAUGUCUCGGGCGUUACCACCCGUUCAGACCGUAACAAACUCAUCAUUUUCCUUAUCCUGAUCCUCGCUUCCUCCAUCGGAACAGCAGCCUACUGGGGAUUAAGCGAGGACGGAUGGAUAGGUUAUUGCGUAACCGGACCAAUUUGGCUGUUGUCAACGGUUGGGCUUAGAUUCUUUGUCCCUCAAGCGAGGGAAGCUAAGGUAUGGGGUGUUCCCCUUGUUCCAUGGCUUCCAUCCAUUUCCAUUGCUAUCAAUAUCUUCCUCCUUGGCUCCAUAGACAAGGACUCUUUCAUCAGAUUCGGGGCUUGGACAGUAGCGCUGUUGGUGUAUUACUUGUUCUUCGGGCUCCAUGCAUCUUAUGACACUUCAAAAGUGCUUGAGUUGAAAUCAGGAUCUAAGCUCGAAACAGGCAAGGCUGGAUAUGGUGAAAGCGAGGAGGAGCCAACGGAGAGCAGCCCUAAAUCAAUGAAUUCUCUUUCAUUGCCUGAUUAAAAGAAAAUGGAAUGUUUUUAGGGUGUUGAUAAAAACAAUUACAUAUAUACACAAGUUGGUCAUAAUUCUAUAUACUAUAUGUGUGUAUUUGAGAGGGUGAAAUUAGCUUCCUAUUAUUUCCUUUUUCUUUGG